AUGCGUCUCGUACUUACUGGUGUUACUGGUGUUGCUGGUCUCGCAGCCUAUCGUGCUGCUCUGGUGGACCCUGCUAUCGACGGCGUCACUCUCCUCACUCGUCGACCCGUGCCCUCGUGGGCCAAGCUUCCUCCGCAAGCGGUCGCCAAAACUACUACCAUCCUCCACCAGGACUUCAAGUCAUACCCGGCAGAUCUCGCGCAGCAGCUGGCGGAGCACGACGGGCUCGUGUGGGCGCUGGGGAAGAGCUCGGUCGGCAUGUCGGAAGAGCAGUACACGGAGCUCACCUACAACUACACCAUGUCGGCGGCAAAGGCGCUGAAGGAGGCUGGCGCGGGUUCCGAGGAGAAGCCCUUCCGGUUCGUGUACGUCAGCGGAGAGCACGCCGACCCUACCGGGGAGUCGCGGCAAGCGUGGGCGCGCGUAAAGGGCCGCGUCGAGCGCGAGUUGCCUGAGCUCUUCCAGGGCACGCACAUGAAGGCGUACGUCCUGCGCCCGGGCUACUUCUUCCCAUCAAAGGCCUACCCCGAGGACCGGCAGAACCAACGGAGCCUCACAUUGCGCAUCGCCGACGCUGUACUGGGGCCUGUGCUCGCAACGCUGAUGCCUCAGGGCGUUAUCCCGACGGAGGAGCUGGGCCGCUUCAUGAUCGAGCUGGCGAAGGGGCGAUACCCCGACCAACAGUUGUUUAGGAAUGCGGAGAUGAGGAAGUUGGUGAAGGAGCUUUAG